GUCAAAGUUUAUGUACAACAAACACACAACAUACAACACCCAGAAUCUAACUGUAAGCUAGAGCAUAAUUAGUGCACAUGUCUCGUGAUGCAUCGUUCCUCGAUUCAUGAAUCAUCAUCGGAUGCCGAAGAACUUUCCCACACCGAUUAUGAGGAUAACGAUCACACUUCAUAUGAACAGAAACAAGAUGAUAACUGGCAGGAUGAGUACAAUAAAGAACCUAAACAGAAGAUCAAUUCGUUGCCAUAUGGUUAUGCCUCUGAUAAUAGUAAUGAUAGCUUGUAUAACAGAUGCUGGCAGCGAGCGGAACAUUAUGUCCAAGAUUUUAUAAAGGAACAGGAUGCAGCUAAUGAUAAAUUCAAUGAACCUAAAGCUACUUUGUCCAGUCGUCGAAAAAUGCAUGUUCCGAAGUUCGAAGAAGAGAAAACCGAAAAUUAUCAGAGAAUUAGUUCAAGGAAAAGUCAACAAAUUGAUUGCAAUGAUCGUUCAGACACAGAGUCACAAUUGUCGCCAUCCUCAAGUGAUGAGUCGAAAACCUAUAGUCAAGUGUACAGUGAAAUCUUCGAAGAAUCUAAAGCGCGACAGAAGAAGGCUGAAAAAAUCCGCAGAGUCUAUAAUAACAAUAAUAAUCGAACUCAACACUGGGUAGAACAUAUAGGUGAGUAUGAUAUGGAUGAUUGUACUACGGAAGCUUCAGAUCGGAGUGACAAAGAAUCUGAGGAGAACUUUAAGGAAUCGGAAAAUGAGCUUGAUUAUGAAACUCUAAUCAAAGAACAAUUGGAUGUCAUAGAUCAAUAUCAGAAUGAUCCACUUGGCAGUUUUAGAAGCUGCAUUGAGGAAUACAUGUUUAAAAUAGAUAAAGCUCGAAGUGGCAAAGAGAAACAAACUACAAGUGCUAGGCGAUCAGAGGAGAAAACUAAGGAAAGUAAUGCAACUGAUAGAAGCACUCGUUCCAAUUUGAUCAGCAUCAAAUCUUAUGCUCAGAGUCUCGACUCUGAAGGUAAAUCUUCGGAAAGGAACUCAGUUGGAAAAUGUUUGGUGGAUAAUGAUCUUAACGUAAAUUCCACUGAAAUACUGCACUUCGAGCACUGUGAAAUUUACCAUGUUAAGCGACCUAUUAAAGAUCUGGAACCAAGAAAAUUUCAUUCAAAUGAUAACAAGAACAUUCCAAAUGAAGAAAUUUUCUCUAAUCGUAGCAGGUAUUCAUUGGUAAAAGAUUGCAGAGAAUUCUCGAAUAAUGGGGAACGUGAAGACAGAAAGCAGAAUCCGACUACAAACAGUCAAUUCUCAGAUGAGUCCAAUCAAAAUGUAGAAAGAAAUUCAGAACAUUUUGUUGAACAGAUUGAAGAAGAAAAGUCCCAAGAUACAAAUCAGUCUGCAGAUAACUCUUAUCAAUUGGAAGCUAAAAGUUUCGUUGAAGACUGGAAGUCCCAGAGUAAAAUUUCUGAUAUAAGCGAGUCCUCUGAAAAAAAAUCAUAUGAAAGUGAAACUUCAUCAAAUCACAUUAAGGUGCAAAAAUCACUAAGGACUCGACAUAGACUAAACAAAUCUGAAAGGGCUUCCAAUAACAGUCACAAGUCUCAUCAUUUGCCAACAACUUCAAGCCCUAGCAGCAGGAUCCGUAGCCCUUAUGAAGAUAGUUCUGAUAGCACCAAUAACUACUAUUUGAGUAGCAAAAGUUUGACUUCUUCAAGUUCCCAUUCCCAAAACAGCAGCAAAAGAUCUCGUAAUGCAAGAUCUUUAAUAAUCACGCCUAAGACAUAUGAAGAUCGCGCCUGUAGUCCCAUUAAAAUAAAAUCCAGUCGUCAAACCAAUCAGAAGAUAAGAAAACAAAGUGAAAGUGUUGGGGAAUCAGGUGAUACCGAUGAUGAUGAUAAUCAUAAAAUAACUGAGAGUUCCAGUUCCAGUUCAAGUAAAGCUGAGCUAAAGCAACAAUACUCACAGGUAAGUAUAAACAGCGAGGACAAAGGCCUACAAUAUCCCAGCGAUGAUGAGCUGCAAGAUUCAAUAAAAUCCCCAGUAAGCAAUAAGAUGAGUGUACCAUGUUUUAAAGUAUACGAUUUGGAUAAGGCGCUGCUGGAAGUACCCAGUGAUUUAAAAGGUAAUGCGAUCAUGUUUGAUAACGAAGACGAAUUGCUGAACAUAAGUCUGAGCGAUGACGAGUUGCAAAUGCAAGCAAAACUCCAGGCAGCUAUCUUGAGUGACCGCAAGAAAGACAUCAGCUCUCGGAAUAGUAGCUACAACUCAAUUCCGAGUGCGGAUAGAAGUAGCAUUUGUAGCAUUUCCAGCUAUGAGCCAAGUGAGCGAUUCUAUCGUCGCACCCAGGCUGAGGUUGAUGAUGACGACAAUCCGAUUGAAGAUGCUGAUGAUUCUGAGCCGAUGACUUAUAAAAAGCAUGUAUCACGUUUGGCAGAGCGAACACUGCGAGCUUGUACCAACUAUUACAAUGAGGGCAUUAAACUCAAACCGGAGCUGGAUCAGGAACUAAACGAAAAGGUGCAAAUGCUCUAUAACUCGGAAAUGCGAUUUAAUACAGUUAAGAGGCAAAAACAACGAGAUGAUUUACUUAAAGAGUUCAAUGAGAAGCUGCAGCGUCAGCUGAAGUCAAUUGCUCCAAGGUUGCAGUGACAGAUGACAUAGAUUACACACAUCAUACACAUUUUGUGAUUAUAUAUUUUGUAACUGAGAAAAUGUGAUAAAGUUGUGCUUAUCAAAAUAAUGCUCACGAAAUG